AUGAUGACGUCGGUAUUAUUAGCUAGAAGCUGCUACCUGUUUCCACGAAUUCAUGGUUUGUCCACAUCUGGCACGUUGUUCACACAUGUCAGAUAAAAAUCAACAGUGUUUAGUUAAAACAGGUUUUAUUUUCAUCCCGUGAUGGCCUGGGUUAAAGCUGUUUCGAACAAAGGGGAGGAUGUCUUCGACGAGAGUGGGGACGACAUUAAUCUGCUCAGCAAAGAGUGGACAUCCAACAUGAAGAAGCGCGUCAGGGACGGUUACGUGGAUGGAGUUGAUGCAGGGGAGGACGCUUGUCUUCAGGUUGGUUUUAACCUCGGGUACAGGGAAGGAGCAGCUCAGACUGCAGCUGUGGGCCGGCUCAAAGGAAUCGUAAGUGCUGUGUGUUGUUGGUGCCAGAUCCAGCAUCCGGAAAGCCCUGUCCCAGCCUCUGUGACUGACCUUCUGAAGCGGGUCACGCAGCAUGAAGACAAAAUCCUGGAAGGCAUCAGGUACGCUUUAGAGCACCCUCCUCCCAGUGUGAGCGUCAUCUCAGAGAGCAUGGAGGAUCUGGAGGUGGAGCAGGGGGAGUCAAACUGCGGUGGAGGAGGCUGCAAAGAAACAAACUGCUGCAAGGGAGGAGAGAAAAUGGACCUGGAUGCUUCGCUACAGCAGCGAAAGCCGUGUUCAGGGUCCACUGACUGCUCCCCCAGCACAAGUGGAAGCCUGAACCACCUACUGUCACUCUGCGCGGAUGUGGUGUCAGAGCUCGGGCUGCCGCAGGAGCUGACCAGUCACAUCCAGGAGCUGUGGGAAAUGUAGUGGUUGAAGCACAGGGACCAGAAUCACUACAUGAACUAUGAAACUAAUCCGGUUUUAGUGGAAAUUUACGAACAACAGAAUGAAGUAUUUUUGAUGUAUAUAAUAUAAAAUACAUUUUUGCAUCCCAUUUUUGUACAAUAAGGUUGAAGAAUAUUUGAAAAUAAAAGUUAAUUAGUUAACUGCA